AGCUGAGUGUUGCGGGUUAGGGGGGGAGCAGCUGAGAGACACAAGUGACCGCUAGCUUCAUGUCAACCACACUCCUGAACCUGCAAGAGCAGAAAUCUGUCCAAGGGAAGAAGGAGAGGGAGAGACAGAGGGGGGGUCGCUGGAAAGGAUACUAAACUGUAUUUCCUUACGUUUGAACCUACUUAACAUUUACAUCGGUUUGGGUUUUCCCCCUAUUUUUUUAAAGGGGGAUAUCAACUGUAGGGAAGAAGGGUUAGCUAGCCACCGCCAUCUCCUCUCAGUCGGAGCGACCGCCGUGUCUUCCACACCAUGGGGAACGCUGCCACCGCCAAGAAGGGCAACGAGCUGGAGAGCGUAAAAGAGUUUCUAGCCAAAGCCAAAGAAGAUUUCUUACGGAAAUGGGAAUGCCCAGCACAGAGCACAACGUGCCUAGAUGACUUUGAGAGAUUAAAGACCCUGGGUACUGGCUCAUUUGGAAGAGUCAUGCUGGUGAAACACAAAGGCACAGAGCAAUACUUUGCCAUGAAAAUACUGGACAAGCAAAAGGUGGUGAAACUCAAGCAAAUAGAACACACACUAAACGAGAAGAGGAUAUUACAGGCAGUGAGCUUCCCCUUUCUCGUCAGACUCGAUUAUGCGUUUAAGGACAACUCCAACUUGUACAUGGUGAUGGAGUACGUUCCCGGAGGCGAGAUGUUCUCACACCUGAGACGAAUCGGAAGGUUCAGUGAACCACAUGCUCGAUUUUAUGCCGCCCAGAUAGUGCUGACAUUUGAGUACCUCCAUUCACUAGAUCUCAUAUACAGAGAUCUGAAACCUGAGAACCUUCUCAUUGACCACCACGGCUACAUUCAGGUGACAGACUUUGGAUUUGCCAAGCGGGUAAAAGGCAGGACCUGGACGUUGUGUGGGACACCAGAGUACCUGGCACCAGAAAUCAUUCUCAGCAAAGGCUAUAACAAAGCCGUGGACUGGUGGGCCCUCGGAGUCCUCAUCUAUGAAAUGGCAGCUGGAUACCCUCCAUUCUUUGCAGAUCAGCCUAUUCAGAUCUAUGAGAAGAUCGUGUCUGGAAAGGUACGAUUCCCAUCCCACUUCAGCUCCGACUUGAAGGACCUGUUGAGAAACCUGCUGCAGGUGGAUCUGACCAAACGCUACGGCAACCUGAAGAACGGAGUGAACGACAUCAAAGGCCACAAAUGGUUUGCCACAACAGACUGGAUCGCAAUCUACGAGAGAAAGGUGGAAGCUCCAUUCAUACCAAAGUGCAGAGGCCCAGGGGACACCAGCAACUUCGACGACUACGAGGAGGAGGAAAUCCGCGUUUCUGUAACGGAAAAAUGUGGGAAGGAGUUUGCAGAGUUUUAGGAUGCAUUACCAUGGAUAUAUCAGGGAAAUAAGGGGAUCUUUGCACUCUUCUAAAGACUUGGGAUGGAGCAGAGACCAUCGUUUUUGAGAUCUACUACAUAGUCCCUUCAUUCCAUAUGGCUGAAUGAGGUCGCCAUCAUCCUUGGGUGCCGAUAACCUCUCACUGUCACACACACCUGCGUAUUAAAGCAGACACACCACUUUUUCUUUUCUUUUUUUUGUACCUAUCCACCAAUUUUUGUUUUUUACUUUGAAGCAGUUAGUCAGUUAAGAUGUUAUCUCCUUUUAAAAUGUGAUCUUCAAUUUGAGGAAAACCCGAGACAAUGGCCAAUAAUAGUCCACACAUUGUAACUGACAUGGUGACAGUUGGGUUGUAGGCUAUCCCUCCAGUUGUCAGAGGUGUGUGUUUGAUGGUUUAUUACUAAUCACAUAUAAAAUUCUGGCCAGCUUUCAGAGGUAGCAUUCGUCCUAUGUGCAUAUCUGUCAGUUUUGUAAGACAUUUGAACACGUUGAGUGUUAAAAGCAUGACCAAAUAGACAACUUUGGGUGAGACAAGAAGAGAGGUCCUUUCCUUUCUUUGCUUUUUGCCUAGAGAGCCAAGUCCUGAGGCUCCCACGAAAGAAUCCAUUCACUGUCUUCUUGGUAUUCUGACCCAGGCACAGCAAGCCAUCGCAGAAAUGACAAACCUUGUUACAUUGGUCAAAUGCAAGUCCAGUUGUUUGUUUGAUCCUUUUGGAUCUGUUAGUCACAUGUAAGAUUUGUAAUUUGGUAUUUAACUAUUCUUUUGUCGCUGUGUCUAACAUUAUAGUCAUAUUGUCCCUAGAUUUCAGGUCUGCGUAUAAAGACCUUUGUUACGAGUCUGUGGAACAAUGUGGCUUCGGUAAACGGAAAAGAGUGAAGUAAAAUCCUUUUGAGGAUUUUUAUUGAGUGUAAUGUUAAGUUGAGAGCGUCGGUGUGAAUAGUGUUGAGGUUUUGUGCCUCAACAUUGUCAGUGAAACCUUAAAAAAGUACAGAAUUUGUAAUGUAUUAAAUCAAAGAUGUUUUAAAAUCUUAAGAAACAAAUGCAAAACUGCAUAUUCACCAUAUUCCCCUGUUACAACCCCGGAGAGAUUUCUGUUUCAUUCUUAUCAAAGAAUGUAGAUUUGCAACUUAUAGGUAUGCAUAUUUGAAGGCUUGAUUUCAAGGUACAGUUUUCCUCACAAUACACUGGCUAAAAUAAAGACUGCUCCUUCGUAUCACAUGUAACCCUGUUAUUGUUAAUCUCAUUACAUCAUACGUAUAUACAUUGUUUCAUAUAUGUUUUUAUUUAUACACAUUAGAGAUGCUAAUAAAUUUUAUUUUUAAAAGUGUU